AUAAAGAAGAUUGUUAAAGCAAAUGAGAAGAUCACCACUGAUGCUGAUCCAGUGUGGUAUCUAAAAUACCUGAAUAUAUACGUUGGCAGUCCUGAUGUGGAGGAAUCUUUUAACAUCACUAAACCCAUCUCACCUCAUGAGUGCCGCUUACGGGAUAUGACAUACUCAGCACCAAUAACGGUUGACAUUGAGUACACAAGAGGCAGUCAGCGUGUGGUGAGGCAUAACCUGCCAGUAGGGAGAAUGCCUAUAAUGCUUCGCAGUUCUAACUGUGUAUUGACUGGUAAAAGUCCAGCUGAGUUGGCAUCCUUGAAUGAGUGCCCUAUUGAUCCAGGAGGUUACUUUAUAGCAAAUGGAACAGAAAAGGUCAUAUUAAUUCAAGAACAGUUGUCAAAGAAUCGUAUCAUUGUGGAAGUAGACAAAAAAGGGAAUAUUGGAUGUUCUGUUACAAGUUCAACAGCUGAAAGGAAAAGUAGGACAAGUAUUGUGACCAAACAGAACAAGUUUUGUUUGAAACAUAAUGCUAUGUCAGAGGAUGUCCCCGUUGUUGUGAUCUUCAAAGCCAUGGGAAUGGAAUGUGAACAAGAAAUUGUUCAGAUGGUUGGCUGUGAGGAGGAAGUGAUCUCAACAUUUGCUCCAUCUCUUGAGGAGUGUCACAAACUAAAUAUUUACACACAAUUACAGGCUUUGCAGUAUGUUGGAUCCAAAGUGCGUCAGCGUGCAACUUGGGGGAAGAGCAGAACUAAAGUGGAGGAGGCAAGGGAGUUGUUAGCAGGAGUUAUGCUCGCUCAUGUUCCGGUUAUCAAGUAUGAUUUCAAAGCCAAGUGUGUAUUCUUAGCUCUGAUGGUGCGUAGAGUCAUUCUCGCGUGCAGCGACGAGGCCCAUGUAGAUGACCGUGAUUACUAUGGUAACAAGCGGCUGGAACUCGCAGGCCAGCUUCUGUCUCUUCUCUUCGAGGACUUAUUCAAGAGAUUUAAUGCAGAGCUUAAGAAAAUUGCAGACCAAACAAUUCCAAAACCAAGAGCUGCCCAGUUUGACAUCGUGAAGCACAUGCGUCAGGAUCAAAUUACCCAUGGUCUGGUUCAUGCAAUCACCUCGGGUAAUUGGAUCAUAAAGAGAUUUAACAUGAAUCGUGCGGGGGUCACACAGGUUCUUUCGCGGCUUUCAUUUAUUUCUGCUCUUGGAAUGAUGACAAGGAUAAGCAGUCAGUUUGAAAAGACCCGUAAAGUUAGUGGUCCUCGGUCGCUGCAGCCAUCUCAGUGGGGAAUGUUGUGCCCAUCGGACACCCCUGAAGGAGAGGCCUGUGGCUUAGUGAAGAAUCUUGCAUUGAUGACACAUAUUACCACAGACCAGAAUGAAGAACCCAUUAUUCGCCUAGCUUAUAAUUUGGGAGUAGAGAAUUUGAAUAUGUUGUCCGGCGAGGAGAUAAGCCAUCCUUCAGUUUAUCUUGUGUUCCUGAACGGUAACAUUCUUGGUGUUGUAAAGAACUACAAGCGCUUGGUCGAAACGUUCCGUCUGAUGAGGAGAGCUGGUUACAUCAGUGAAUUUGUCUCCAUUUGCCCAAAUCACCAGCACAGAUUUGUUAACAUUGCAUCUGAUGGAGGACGAGUUUGCAGGCCUUACAUUAUUGUUAAGAAUGGAAAACCUAAAGUGACUGAUCAACACAUUCAAGAACUCGUGCAAGGCUUCAGGAGCUUCGAAGAUUUCUUACAUGAUGGUCUAGUUGAGUAUCUAGAUGUCAACGAGGAAAAUGACUGCGCAAUUUCUUUGUACGAGAAGGAAAUUACAAAGGAGACAACACAUCUUGAGAUAGAACCGUUCACGCUGCUAGGGGUAUGUGCUGGCCUUAUACCAUAUCCUCACCACAAUCAGUCUCCUCGGAACACUUACCAGUGUGCUAUGGGCAAACAAGCUAUGGGUUCCAUUGGGUACAACCAGCGUAACAGAAUAGACACGCUGUUGUAUUUCCUGUGUUACCCUCAGGUGCCAUUGGUGAGAACUAAGACUAUAGACUUAAUCCAAUUCGACAAGCUGCCGGCUGGUCAAAAUGCAACAGUGGCUGUUAUGAGUUACAGUGGUUAUGAUAUUGAGGAUGCACUGAUACUAAACAAAGCGUCUGUUGACAGAGGGUUUGGACGCUGCUUGGUAUACAGGAAGCAAACGUGUUUGUUAAAAAGAUAUGCGAAUCAGACAUUUGAUCGUGUUAUGGGUCCCAGUAGAGAUGCAGCGACGGGUGAGGUAAUCUGGAGACACAGAGCUCUUGACGCUGAUGGAAUUUGCGCUCCAGGUGAGAGGGUAGAAAACAAACAAGUUCUCAUCAACAAAUCCAUGCCUGUUGUCACUGCUUCAGGGCUUCAGCCAGUGACACCAGGUCAACCACCUCCCCAACCUGAAUACAGAGAUGUACCAGUGUCGUACAAAGGGCCAAAAGAUAUUUACAUUGAGCGUGUGCUGGUGACUUCAAAUGCUGAAGAGGCAUUCCUCAUAAAGAUUCUUCAAAGACAGACGCGGAGACCGGAGAUUGGGGACAAGUUCAGCAGUAGACACGGCCAGAAGGGCGUUUGUGGUUUAAUCGUUAAUCAAGAAGAUAUGCCUUUUACUGAUUUGGGUAUUUGUCCUGAUAUUAUCAUGAACCCGCACGGCUUUCCAUCGCGGAUGACUGUUGGAAAACUGAUAGAGUUAAUGGCAGGCAAAGCUGGGGUCCUCGAAGGACACUUCGGUUAUGGAACAGCAUUUGGAGGCGACAAAGUGGAGGAUGUUUGUGGUGCUCUUGUAGACCAUGGCUUUAAUUACUCUGGCAAGGAAUUUGUCACGUCUGGUAUUACAGGGGAGCCAUUAACAGCAUAUAUAUUCUUCGGUCCGGUAUAUUAUCAGAAACUCAAACACAUGGUGUUGGAUAAGAUGCAUGCCCGUGCUAAGGGUCCCCGAGCUGUGCUGACCAGACAACCAACAGAAGGACGAUCACGGGACGGCGGAUUAAGGCUGGGAGAGAUGGAGCGAGACUGUUUGAUAGCUUACGGUGCCAGCAUGCUCCUUCUUGAAAGACUAAUGAUAUCAAGUGACGCCUUUGAAGUAGACGUGUGCAGCGAGUGUGGCCUUAUGGGAUACUCAGGAUGGUGUCAUUACUGUUCAUCUUCUCACAAUAUUUCAACUCUAAAAAUACCUUACGCUUGUAAACUUCUGUUCCAAGAACUUUUGUCCAUGAACAUAGUACCGCGGCUAUCGCUAAAACACUACACGGAUGAGUGAAGACGCCUUAAAAUACCCCUAUCAUUGCCAGAUUUAUCACAGAGGACCUGGCAGAAGAAUUGUAGGCACAUAUGGUAGGGAUGGAAUACU